AUGGCCGCGCCAUCCUCUCCCGCUCCAGCGGCCGUCACACCGGCGCAGCUGGGCUUCCUGGCAAUAUUCAACCCCUCCUUGGGAAGCACCGACGAGACUAUCGACGACAAGGUCGUGUAUUAUGCCUCGGUCAACACCCAGCUGUCCCCGAAGCGCCGCCAUCGCUCGCGUGGUAGUGGCAAGCCUACCGACGACAUAUCGCAAGAAGAGCGGAACGAGCGCCUGAGACAGAUUGGCCUUGCGCAAGGCAUGGCCGAGUUCAGCCGCGGCUUCUCCAACGGCAAACCGGUUGACACCAUAGAGACGGAGAAGAGCCGUGUUGUGCUGCACGAGCUGGAACCUGGCUGGUGGAUUCUGGCGUCAAUCGACCUCACCAAAAUCCCGCUUCCACCGAGGCUUGGAGCACCCGCCGCGAGCAAGGAGAACGAUCGGUCUGAGAACGUCGAGUAUACUUCACGAGAGCUCAAACCAGCGGUGCUGCUCCUGCGCGACCUUCUCCGAGCCCAUUCCAUAUUUCUGUUACACCAUGCGGCGUCAUUGAGUGCGCUUUUCGUGAAAUCGAAGCGAACAAAGUUUGUCUCAAUACUAGGACGGUACUGGGACCUCUACCUGUCGACAUGGGACGUUAUGCUGCACGACAACCCUGCCACCAGCGUCUUCGGAGGCAUUAGGAUCGCAGCUUGUGGUGAGCUCGGUGUGGGUGUGGGCGAGGAGGAGCGUGGAAGCGGCGAGAGAGAGGUUCUCGAGGGCUUUGUCGAUAGGGUCGAGGGUCUCGUGGACUUGAUUGUCUCCAGGUUUGGCCCUUCAGAGCCCGACCCAGAUACUGAGCCUGCCAAGAACAGCAGACCAGACAGCGAAACCCCGCCAACGUGGUUCGGCCACGGGAACGAACCCGGUGCCGAAGACGGUGCCAUAUUCCUAGGUGUUGGCGCCCUGUCAAGAAAGUCCCUGCGUGACGUCACGUACUGGAUGGAAGACCUCUACACUUGGGGCGAAAAUGCGUAUGGGGUUAAGGACAGCCCUACGUCCAUGCGACAAGCUCGGAGACCGCGACAGUCGGCUGCAGGUAGUAAGGAUACGAGCGGUCACUCUAGAGGAGUCUCCGGGAGAAGAAACCCUGCCAACUCAAAGCACGCUGGCAGUCAAACUCAACCCGCAGGAUCCAAACUACCGGACACAGCAUCGGUACAGCAAUCCGACGAGACCACGGACGAAGGCGGGGUGAACAAAUUGAUGGGUUACCUUAAGAUGGGGUAUGGUAGUCACUGGACCUUGGGCGGCUCUGCUGGCACCGAGGGCAAGACGCAGGACGGGGCAGCAACGACACAAGUCUCGCAGAAAGAUGAUGCCCUUUCGAGUGCAUCACCUGGUGAUACUUCCAAAGCACCCGGCGACGCCUCGGGUCACUAUUUCGUUGGGCUUCUGGGAGACAUAGAGGACAAGGAGGCCGAGGCUAGUCGUCUCGACGAGAGCAGAACAGAGUCCGACGGUACCUCCCACGAUGCUGAAUACAACUCAAGGGUUCGGGUCCGGACCUUGACGGUAGAGCUCGAUAAUCAUCAUCGUACCGAGGAAGAGACGGUACAGGAUCUUGGAAGUCAGAAUACCGAGUUAACAACGAUGAAGUCUGGCCUCAAAGACUCGAUGGACCCCAACUCGCAAUUUGACAGUCAGGACCGUAACAAGACCCAGAAAGUGCGAGUCGUGGUCUACGUCAACCGGCCGUUCGUUUACACAUUUCUCUUCGAGAAUAGGACCGAUUCAUUGGCAUGGGACAGCCUCUACAAGUCCCUGCAUCAUCAGCUCGCGCCCCUCCGAGAACCACUGACAGCAUCCACCGCAUUCCGACCCGGAAAGCCAGAUAUUGGUGCCACGGCGUCACACAUCUUCGACCUCAUCUGGGACCCGAAGGCCAUGACCGUUCAAUCUACCAUCCCAAGCAUACCCACAACAGCACAUAUGCUUCAGACCAAUACACCACCGCUUUGGUCCCGAGCCGAGGCAAUCAACACUCACAAUCAGAUUCUAAACACCUACAUUGCAACACUCUCUGACUACUCCGAGCUUGAACGAACCUGUAAGACAAAUCGUGGCUGGUGGGUUGUUUGGACGCGCAUCAUGGAAAGGGCUAGCCCGUUCCCCAUACGCCAGGGCAAGAGUGGCUCGCAAGGCUCCGAGGAUUCGGAAGCCGCCACCCGCCCUGGACUACCGACGGCUAUGUCGGAUGAAAGCAUUGAAUCUCGUGGCCCCGGGAAGACCAAUGCACGUCCAAAGCCCAGGGUCACCAAGGAGAUCUUUCUCAUCCGUCGUGCAGGCGAGCAUACUGGCCUCAGGGCAGUCAGCAGCUCAUAUGCGGAGGGCAGUGGAGGUUGGGCAGACGGGGCGAGUCGUCUUGCUCAGGGUAUGGGUGUGGACACGUACAAGUAUAUCGAGGGUCUACUAAGUCUGAGCCGGUGA